CUUCUUCUUCUUCUUCCUGACUCUGCCAUGGCUGAUGAUGAUACACAACCCUAACUCUAGUAGGGUCCCUGAUAGAUGGUAGCAAUCAAUCCCUCACUCACAAUCAAUCACCACCUCUCUGUACACCACCAUUUAUAACUCACCUCCCCAAAACACUAAAAUAAGUAAAUAACACAUACACACCCGACUUCUGGAUCCUCCAAGUAACUGUAUCUGCUCCUCCUUUUCCUUUUUCCCGCGCUUUAUAACCCUGCCCUGACCUCCAUCUCCGCCUUCAACCUCGUUAGUCAAAGUUUCCACCUCUGCUUUCUUAUUAACUCCAGUCCCUUUCAUACACACACAUUUAUUCUCUCCACCCAACAAGUUUUAUGCCUUAAAGUCUCGAUCUUUUCGUCUCCAUCAGCUUCCCAGUUUGUUUCUUUUACAUUUUACUGUUUUAGAUGGAUACAGUCCGACCCGAAUCGGCUCCGGUCAAGAAGAGCAAGCUGGCCAGGACGUUCCACAAGGUCAUCAACCUCCGAGCAGCUACUAAAAUCGCGUCCAACAAUGGCAUUUGCAAGCUCAAACCGAACACCAAGGCCACAAAAGAGGAAUACGAUAUUGAAAAAAUGGAGGAUCUCAAAGCCAAGAACAAGGCAAUCAUGGAGGCUUUACUUGCCAAGCUCUUCGCCGGAAUCACUUCAAUCAAAGCAGCUUACGCCGAGCUCCAAAUGGCGCAACACCCUUACAACAACGAAGCCAUCCAAGUGGCGGACCAGGCCGUAGUUGACGAGCUGAAGUCCAUUUCGGAAAUGAAGCGCAGCUUCCUAAAGAAAGAGCUCGAUCUCUCUCCUCAAGUGACUCUAAUGCUGGCAGAGAUUCAAGAGCAGCAGGGACUAAUGAAGACGUAUGAGAUCACCAUCAAGAAGCUAGAGUCCGAAGCUCAGCGCAAGGGUUUGGCCAUUUCGGAACUCAAAUCCGAACUAGAAGAACUAGUCUCGACCAACCGGUCCUCCGAAUACAAGCUCAAAUCCAGCGGCCCGCUCUCGAUCUUCGAUAGCCUCCGCCUCUCGAAACUAACCCCAACUCACUUCGCCCAGUUUCAGCAGCAAACCGUAAGAUCCAUACGAAGCUUUGUGAGGUUGAUGAUCAAGGAAAUGGAGUCCGCAAGCUGGGACGUCGACACAGCCAUCAAGUUCAUCGAGCCAGAAGCAGAGUUUACCAAACAGAGCCACCGCUGCUUUGCAUUCGAGUCCUUCGUCAGCAAAACAAUGCUCGAAGGCUUCAACAACCCAAACUUCGGACUCCCAUUCUCUCCAACUCACGAAACACACCACCACUUCUUCGACCAGUUCAUCAAUCUCAAAGCCGCGAACCCAAAGUCGUUCCUGUCCCAGAACCAUAACGCGUCGUUUUGCAAGUUCACAAGAGCCAAGUACCUCCAACUAGUACACGCCAAAAUGGAGUGCUCCCUCUUCGGGAACUUAAACCAGAGAAAGCUUAUAAUCUCCGGCGAGGUUCCCGACAGUCCGUUUUUCGAAGCCUUUGCGGAAAUGUCCAUGCGGGUUUGGCUUCUACACUGCUUGGCUUUCUCGUAUGGCCAACAAGUCUCGGUCUUUCAGGUCAACAAGAACCGCAGGUUUUCCGAGGUGUACAUGGAGUCCGUGACGGUUAACGAUUCCGAUAACGAGUUUUCCGUCAGCUUCACCGUCGUGCCGGGGUUCAUUAUCGGCAAGACAGUAUUCCAGAGCCUGGUUUACCCGUCUCCGGUUGAUAAUCUCCGGCGAAUUAACAACUUAACUUAGCCGGCUCCGGUGGUUUUAGACUGUUCAUGUAAAUGAUGUAUGAGAGCCGCUGGAUCUGGGUGCGGGUCCAUAGAGAGCUUGUCAGUUGUCACCUACCUGAGGUGAGCUAAGCAAUUUAGCAUAAGCAUAUUUUGCUGCAACAAUGGCAUGUUGUGAAAACUGGGUCAGAGAGGAUAUGAUCUGGAUUUGGGGGUUUCUGUCCAAGUAGGUAAAAACAGUAAUAUUGUGUUUCUGCAAUUGUUGUAAUGGGCAAUCUGCUAACUGUAAUAUUAUGCAAUCUACUAUGUUGUUCUGUUAAUGGGGAGCACCAUGCAAUGUAACCAGUGAAA